UUUUGUUUUUGAGGCCGCUUACAAAAUUAUGAAUAAGCCAACGCCAACCAUUUACGGAUGAGGAGUGAGGCUGGGCCAUUACAUCAAAUGCACCCCAAUGUGGAGUAGCACAACACAGAGAACAACCCGAAGAUGAAGUUAUUGUUUGGUAUGGCCUCAGCAGGAAGGCAAUGUCAGAGGUGGCCAUAUUUUGCCAGGGUCAGCAGCAAAUGGCUGAGAUGCCUGUCCACUUCUUCCCUUGGAAAGCUUGGUGCAGCCUUUGAUACCAAGCAGCAGCCCAAAAUUGACCUGGGAUGGUGGAAGGAAAAUGAGGGCCUGUUUGGCUACCCAGAGCUGACGAGCGCGGCUGGGUUCACCGUGUUACGAGAGGAGGCCGUCACCGCCUGCCGCCGCCUGGUCGACGAGGCGUGCAGUGCGCACCGCCGCCGCAAGAUGGUGCUGGUGUUCGACGAGCUGUCAGACGCGCUCUGCAAGGUGGCGGAUCUGGCCGAGUUCGUGCGGCUCGCGCACCCGGACACCGCCUUCCAGAGCUCGGCCACCGACGCCUGCAUCACCAUCAGCAACCUGGUCGAACAAAUGAACACGCUGCAGCCGCUGUACGCGGCGCUGGAACGGUGCGUGUCGGCCGGCGAUCAGGUGGCCACGGACGGCAUCGACGAGCACGUGGCACGCCUCUACCUGCACGACUUCGAGCAGUCGGGGAUCCAUCUGGACGAGGCCAGCCGGGAGCGGGUGGUGCAGAUGACCGACCUGGCGCUGCAGGUAGGGCAGACGUUCUUGGCUGGCACUCACGCACCGUCGACCGUGAAGAAACGGGAUCUUCCUGAGCAUCUCUCCCACCAGCUGACCCUGAACGGCGACAGCGUGACGGUCAGCGGUCUGAUGGCGGACUCGCCGCUGGAGCUGACCCGCGAGGCCGCCUACCGGGCCUACAUGCAGCCGGUGCUGCGCCAGGAGGCGCUGCUCUCCUCGCUGCUGGAGACGCGGCGUGCGCUCGCCGCCCUCUGCGGCUUCCCGUCGUUCGCGCACAGGGCACUGCGCGGCAGCCUGGCCCGCUCGCCGGACACGGUGGCCGCCUUCCUGGACCGGCUGCGGGACGACCUGGCGCUCGAGGCGGAGCGCGACUUCGAGACUCUGGCCAGGAUGAAGCGGGCUACCGGCUCACGGCCGCUGGCGGUCUGGGACGUGCCGUACCUGGCGCACAUGGCGCGGCGCCAGCGUCAGCACGAGCAGGACGUCCGCUUGGCCGAGUACUUCUCGGUGGGCGCCUGUAUGCGCGGCCUGAGCCAGCUGCUGGGCCGGCUGUACGGCGUCAGCCUGGAGGUGGAGACGCCGCGGCCCGGCGAGCUCUGGUCCCCCGAUGUACAGAAGGUGGCCGUGGUGCACGAGGAGGAGGGGCUGCUGGGCUACAUCUACUGCGACUUCUAUACGCGCGCCAACAAGCCCAGCCAGGACUGUCACUUCACCAUCCGCGGCGGCAGAGACCUGCCGGAUGGCACGUACCAGAGCCCGGUUGUGGUGCUGAUGCUGAGCCUGCCGCCGCCCGGCUGGUCGCGGCCCUGCCUGCUGACGCACGGCCAGCUGGAGAACCUCUUCCACGAGAUGGGCCACGCGCUGCACUCGAUGCUGGCGCGCACGCGCUACCAGCACGUGACCGGCACGCGGUGCAGCACCGACUUCGCCGAGGUGCCCUCCGUGCUGAUGGAGUAUUUCGCCGGCGACGAGCGCGUGCUGGCGUCGUUCGCGCGCCACUACCGGAGCGGCGAGCCACCGCCGCCGGAGGCGCUGCGCCGGCUGUGCGCCGGCCGGGCCGCCUUUCCGGCUGCCGACACCCAGCUGCAGCUGUUCUACUCGGCGCUGGACCAGCACUACCAUGGCCCCGCGUCUCUGGAGGGCAGCACCACGGACGUGCUGGCCCACGUGCAGAACUCCUACUACGGCCUGCCGCACGUGCCCGGCACGGGCUGGCAGCUGCGCUUCGGCCACCUGGUGGGCUACGGCGCGCGCUACUACUCGUACUUGAUGGCGCGCGCCGUCGCCUCGGCUAUCUGGCGCGACCUGUUCGCCGUCGACCCAUUCGACCGGGCGAUGGGCGAACGGUACCGGCGCGAGUGUCUGGCGCACGGCGGCGGCGUGCCCGCUCAUCGGAUCGUCUCCCAGCUGCUGCGGCGCGACGUCACCGCCGCCGACAUGGCCGCCUCCGUCGUCACAGACGUCAUCAGUCAGCGGACCGAGACGUGACGUCGUCAACCGGCGGACGGAGACAUGAUGUCAUCACACAGUGGACGGAGACUUGCCGUCAUCAACCGGCGGAAGGAGACGUGCAUUGACGUGCACGCGGUUUUAUCGACGUUCUGACGGGCUGAUCCCCUCGCAUGACAUGUGGGCAUCCCAGCGUUUUUCAGCGAAAUGUUACGUCGGUCAUUAGGCAUUAUCACGGUCAGCGGCUGGCUGUCUUGCUAAGCGAGAGCUCGCUGUUGUGACGCGUGACGUGCUGGAACGCCACUGGUGUCUCUGUGGAAGCGCGACUGUCCAUGCCAGUGUCCACCAGCGGAGUGUCGUCGCUGCUGCUACGCUCUCCCGUGUACAGGCGAGAUAUGGCUGGACAGCGAACACUAGCCCAUAGUCCGAGCUGCUGUGUGGCGACGUACCUCCCUGCGUCACGUCAUCUUCGAGGUGGCGCCCGCCCCACCGGAGCGCGGCCCCGGCCUGGCGGCGCCUGUGGCACUCGUCACAGGCGUCACAGACGUCCGUCAGCGGACUGGCGGGGCGCGCGGACCGGCGGGCGCGACCUUUGUCCGGCUGCCAGCCUGCCCGUCGGGCGAGGUGGGGCUGGGUCUGGCCCAACCGACGCUCCCGGCAGGGGACGUAUUGCCGACCGCCUGUGAUUGUUCUCAGAGAGGCACGCGCGGCCGGUGCGUGGUGGCGCGUGACGCUGAGUGUCGACAAUGCGCCGCUGGUGAUCGUCGUGAGUGCCGCAGUUAUUGAUCUGCGGGCAUUGCUGUGCGCAGCAUGAUAUGUGUUGUGCUCAACAGGAUUGGUGCAAUAACGAAAGUACAGAUGCACUCCCUGUGUGUGUUAAGAACACGCCCGGAGGCGCAGGAUAAUGGGAAUUGGAGCAGGUGAUUUCGUAGCAUGCAACGCACCUUAACAGUGACGAUGGGGAAGCGCAUCCAUCUCGAUAACUCCACCCCACUACAUAAAGCCACAUACAGGCAACAGGUUCUGAUGCCGGACAGCUAGCACAUAUCUUCCCACGUGGAGUAAACCCUACCUUUCGUAGCUCUCAUAGAUCUAGAAGGGCUACAAGGCUUGGAGAGAGGCGCGGAGAUUCAUGAAUGCCCCAUUUGGGAAACGUCCGCUGCCGAGACUGCCGACACGGGCGGACCUCAGGCCAGGGAGGCACUCAAACCGGCUCAGGCUGCUGACCGUAGCUUGGUCCGAAGGGACGGGACGCUGCGGGACUUCAGGGUGAAGCGUCGGGUGAAGAGCGAAGAACAGGAAUUUACAUGGUGAUGCAGGAAUAGGUGCUUGCAUGCUGUGAAUGGAACCAUGACCAUCCAUUGUCACCUGAUCAUCCAUCGUGCUCACCUCGGUAUUUUAUAAACAAAGUUAUCAAACGUAGUUAUGAACCCUCAAGGUGUGUUUGCUCAUUCAGUACAGAGCUAAGUACUGGAGUUUUUGACGGUGCAAAAUAUAAUGCUUGAAAUGUGAUAGAGCCGGCCAAGCCGAAGAGGUACAUUCUGUCAACAACUGUUUACGUUCGCAAUAACAAAAAAGUUUAAGAAAGCAUGCAGCUUGACGCGUAACGUUAUUUGACAGUCCGACCGGGUCACUGACGGGGAAGAUCUCUUCGGAUCCUGCACUGGGCUCUGACAUGGGCGACGAUUGUUGUGGCUGGUCACCGUCAGAUGGCAG